CUAGAAUUUUGGAUGAUGAAGAAUGUCGUUCUAUGCGUAUAAUACCCAGCACUGCUAAUUUUCUCGAUGACAUCUAACGUUACUAUGGCUGGAUAAAGCAGUUGGGGCGACACUGAAUGUCACGUGACGCUAAUUCCCCGUCCCCGUUAGAGUCGGAGCAAAAGGAAGCUGGACGGGAUACAAAUCUUUCGAGAGUCCGCCAGAGCCCUCGACUCGCGAGUUGUCAACGCCGCAACUAUGCGUCCUUCCGUGCGGCUGUUGAACCCAUUGGAGGUUCCAUCCCUCCAAGUGUCGAAGUCUCUGUACGUUUGUUCGACGUGCCGACAAGAAUUUCGACCGCAGGUGUUGUCGGCGUCUGUCGCUCAUCGAUUCCGUCGCCAUGCUUCCUCCAACGACACCCCCUUCACAGAGAAGGUGCGCCGCAAGAUCUGGGGUACGGAUAACCCGCCAGGUCUGAAGGAUCCGUAUGGAGGUGAAGGUGUGAUUGAGCGGGCUAUGCGGAAGAGAAGGCAGGGAGCGGAGGAAGAAGUUGUGGUGGCAGAGCAACAACAGCAGGAUGUUCGGGAGCUGGAACAACUUGAGCAGGAAAUUGCUCCGCCCGAUGACUACAGACCUGCUUCGACUUGGGAUGGUCUGGAGAGAGUCGGUCAUCUUGGAAGAUGGUCGGAUUAUCCUCCUACGGAGGCCGACGAGUAUCACUCGUUCUUGUCGAAGCGCAAGUUGACUGAGAAGGGACACCUGUCUCUGGCCGCUCACCAGACCGCUGUUGAGCUGUGCCUCAUGCACGCAUUGAAGAAGCCCCUGACAGAUGUCUGUGAGGUCCUCGAGCACGACAAGACCGUGUUCAAGAUGAUCUGGAAGUGUAAGAUCCAGCCUGGUAACGGCAACGGACCGCUAGAUGGUGCUCUGGUCUUUCCCAAUAAGGAGACUGAGAACAACCUCUUCUACGUCUUCCAGCAGAUUGGCAGCGAAGUUGAGAUGGAAACCGCUGCUGAACAGACUGCUGAACAGACCGCUGAACAGACCGCUGAACAGACCGCUGAACAGACCGCUGAACAGACCGCUGAGGAGGAGGUCGAGGAAUUCGGAGAGGAGGACUUCAAAGAACUCGAAAAACUCUUCAAUGACGCUGAGAAGACCCCUGAUCUCCCGUUCUUCGGAUACCGCGACAGCCGGGAUUCUGGCUUUCUGUCUCUCUCUCUACAAGACCCAGCUACCAAGUUUGCUUUCUUGAAACGAUUCUCUCAGCUGACCGGUUAUUUCUUCCCCGAUCCCGCCGUUCACUCGAUCAAGACCGUGCAGCAGGCCAUCGACUACCUCCAGGAGACUAUCAACCCGAAGCCUAAGAAGCUGGCACCGCUAUUGGCAGAGACUCCGGCCAUCAAGAGUCUGCCGAACGUCAAGGUCUUCCCGACCAAGCGGAAGCCGUCCCACACUGAUGAGGAACUGGGCCGGAAGAAGGUCAUUGAGGCUGAGCUGCGCGCGAGAGGUCUAAUUAACUAAAGGGCCCAUAUUACAGGGUGUUCCCCGGGGCAAUACUUGUAGGAUGUAUUAGAGACGAUGUGUUUGAUGUACUAUAUGAAUAAGAAAUCCGGUUCUAUAUGUACCCAAUUGCCAACUAGAAACUGUACACAUAUAAUCGACGAUGUCCCCCACUAGCAAAUUUUA